ACACAACACAACCCCACCAGCUCUUGUUUCCCCUCUGUUGAGUCGAAAAUAUAAAUUUAUAGAGAAUACCCGAUAGCUGCGACAAUGUCUGCCGUCAAACGAAAGACCCCCGACCAGGUCUACGACGCGUCUGACGACGCCAAAACCCCCACUGGCAGCCCUCCGGCCAAAAGGCUCCGUCUGACGAGGAACCAGAAGCAGGCCUUGAUCGACAACCUGCAGCUGGAAAUCACGGAGCGAGCACGAAAAUUGCGCGCACAAUAUGCCCUGCAGGCCCACGACCUUCGAGCCCGGAUCGAACGACGCGUGAACCGGAUCCCGGUGGCUCUUCGAAAGGCCACGAUGGGCGAGCUGCUUGAGAAACAAACCGCCGCGCUGCGCUCGCCGAGGAAGAUUGGGCAGACUGGAAAGGCGGCUAUUCGGAACGUGACGGCCAUGUCUGUCGACAUGCACGGCGCGCCGACGAGCGCCCAUGUCCGCAGAGUCAAGAAGCAUAGCCAAGAGAACUACUCGGAUAAAGAAAACGCUCCCGCCGCCGGGGAGCCGGUUGAUGUGCUGAAGAAUCCCAAGAGACGCGCCAAUGGAGGCGCUUCCCGUGUCGUUUCCCAAGAAGUGCGAGGGGCAGAUUACAGAAUCCUGUCGCCCAAGUCGUUGAAUUCGCGGACCUACCCUCAGUCACCGUUCCGUGCCUCGCCCGAUAAAACGCAGAACCCGCUAUUUGCAUCGCGUCCAAUGUCACCAUUAAAACCCUCCAGUCCUCUCAAGGCAACGACGGGGGCUCGUACCGCAAGAGGAGCCGCGCCAGUUGGUUCCAAAGACCCCAUGCGGCCGGCGUCGCAGGCCAAGAAGACGACUGCUCGCUCCGCGACUGCUUCGAGGGCGGUCCCCUCCCCGAUCUCUCGCCCUGCCACCCGGCAGCGUGAACGCAAAACCAGUACGGGAACCGUCUCGUCAACAGCCUCCUCCGGCACCACCGUCGCCAAGACUACCCGUACCGGCACUGGUACUACACGGAAGGGUGCCGCUGCGACCGCUGCCAAAAAACCAACGACCACCGCUCGCGGCCAAACGGCGUCCAUGGCCGUCAAGCGCACGACCGCUAUUGCUACGACAGUCCGGAAAGCGACAGCGCCUGCUGCAGUAGAAGCGCCUGCGACGGGCCGCCGGGUGCUGCGGAAGCGAGCUUGAAGUCACAGACCUAAAUGAUUGAAUUAUGUUGGCAAUUGGUGUCUUUUGUUUUGUUUUAUUUUGGAUGCCUUUCAGCGCGGAGCUGGUUGAUUCUUGAUUGUAUUCGAUAAUACAUGCGGGCUUGUCCUGGGGCUAUUUGAUCCGAUUUGGUUUAAAAAUUGGAUGUGAUUAUCUUUGAUCUUAUGAGACAAUAAGAAAGAAUAAAAAACAGG